UAAGAGAAAGGCGGGACAUCUAUUCCUUAGCAACGCUUGGCUCCCUGGGAGUGGUGGCGGUUGAUUCAACAUGGCGGCAGCAGCGAAAAGAAGUGGAAAUUCGGGGAUAUUUUGGAUGAAUGGCGUGUCAGAUGAUGAACAGCCUUUGGUGUUUAUUCGUGGGGUGGACGGAGAGGUGAAGACUCAGGCCCCUUUUAACCUGAAACCACUCAGUACCAGUACAUCCAAGAAAAGAGGCCACAAGAUGGGAGUGAAGAGCACUUCUGACUGCAAAAAACAGGCCAAGCAAAGGAGAGAAGUCAAAAACCAAAGUGAUCACUCAGGGGUUUAUACUAAGGAGGACGUGUCUGUUCACCACAAUGCUGCUGUGAUGACACCUCAGACUUUUCUUCCGGUUUCACAGGUCAUUUCUGAAGUCAGCAAAGCAAAGAGUGAGGUCUGUCUGAAAGACCUUUGUCCUGAAGAUAAGCGACGAAUUGCAAAUCUCAUUGAAGAACUGGCUAGAGUGAGUGAGGAGAAAGAAGAGUCGGUGCGGCGUCUGAAAGAUGAACAGGGAAAUUUUGAAUGCAAGAUUCAGCAGCUAGAGCAACAGAACCAAAUCAUAGCACACGAAAGGGAAAGUCUGCAGCAGCAGUACAAAGAGUGCCAGGAGCUGCUUGGGCUCUACCAACAAUACAUUUCUCAGCAACAGGCAAAGCUCAAUCAGUCCAUUGCCCAGCUUAGCCAGCCAUCAAGUCACAGCAAGGUGCACAAUAGUGAGGAACUCCCCAAUAGGACAUCUACAAGCAGAGCUAAUAGCUCACUCUUUGAUGGCUCAUACCUCAGUCACGCUGCUACUGGAGGACCACAAGCUCGAGCAUACAGGAAUGGUUAUGGAAGAAGAGGAGCAGUACGGACAUUUAGGAGCACUGCUUGUCUUUCUUGUGAUGGACCGUUAAGUCCAACUCAUGGGCCAGUCAUACAGCAUAAUUGUCAAAAAAUGGAGUGCAGGGGCCCACACUCAUCCCACAGAUGUGACUGUUGUGAAUGCAGGGAUCAAGGCGCUGUCUGUGGAACACAGCAGCAAAGAAUUCACAGUUCCUCUCAUCUGGGCCACCAUGAUACCUUUAACCAAGAUGAGUGCAAAAGGCUCCAUAGUGGGAAUAUCAUGGACUCUGGGGCCAAGGAAGCUCUGACCAGGCCUCUGCUGGGUCAGGAGGACUGGGAGGAGAAGAGGCACCAGCUGCUGCUGCAGAAGAUGCAGUUAGAGAUGGAGAGAGAGAGGCUGCAUACACGCCUGGCAGAGCAGGAGGAAAGGCUCCAGAGACAGAAUCAGCAACUACAGCAGUCACAUCUUGAUUACAAAAGGUUUCAACCAGCUACUCAAGCUGAGCUCAGCACCUCUAAUACUAGGAGUGAUGUUACAGAAGUGCAGAAUCCUUCGCACCAAGAUAUACCCUCCAGUGUGUGUGAUGAUGCAGGAGUACAUCCUGGAGGACAGAGCUUGCAUGAAAAACAUCCAGAAACUGUACCUAAUCCUCUGAACAAUGGCAGUGAAUAUUUAAAACGGCCCACAAAGGACAUGGCCACAUCUCCUGCUGAAUCACCUGCAAGCCUGAGGAAGCACACAUCAGUAUCUGCAAUCCAAAAGACUCCAGACACCAGGUUGGACUUUUCUCUGGUUGAGUUAUUGGAUAUCUUUAGUCCUGUUUCUGCACCUGAGCAAUGCAAGACAACCACUCAAAGAGCCAGAGCAUUGCAACACAGACCGGCUCAUACUGCCCCCAAAUCAGUGAGCCGAACCAUGCUUACCCCUGGUGGACCUCGUCCUCAGAGCACUCAGCAAGACCUGGAAGAAAGCAAAAUACUAGAAGAUAUUUUCUUCAUUUGCUGACGAAAAAAAUGAGGAGCAUGAAAAAGAUUCAGUCACUGGAUAUUUACCAGCUGUGUCCAUUUUUUUUUUUUUUUAAAUAAAUGUUUUUCAUUUAACUUUUUAUUGGCUUUCUAAAAUCAGAAUCAAUGUGACACGGUGUGCAUAGAUUGUGAUAUUGGUAGAAUUUUUUUUAAAUACUAUUAAAUGUUUAUUUUUCAAGCCUC